UGGGGGUGCUGCUGCUGCUGCUCGCCGCGUUCAGCGGCGGCGGCGGCGUCUCCCUCUCGGUGCGGGCGCCUCUCUGCAGUCUCCUCCCAGCCCCGAGCCGCCCCCCACCACCGCCUCCUCCUAGGAGCGGCGUGAGGAUUCGGUGGGGGCAGGUUUAUUUUCCCCGUUAACAACAACGGCAUCAGCAGCAGAAGCAUCGCAGGGAUUGCGCAUAAAUAGUGUGUACUGGAGCCGGAGCUCGUGGGCUCGUUGCCGAUUGUGUAUAUUCUUUAUUUAUUGAGUAAUUGUAUUUUUUUUUAUGAAAUAGAUAGACGUGGCUUAGUGUGUGUCGGUGAGCGUGCUGGUGAGUCUGUCGGUAUCGACAGGACCCGGCGGCCGGCGCGCGCGUGCGCGCACACCGCGCGCGCCCAUGUGAUCCCCACGGAUGAUGAUGAUGCCUAUGGUGAUGAUGAUAACGACGAUGAUGAAGACCGGGAUGACGCUGAUGAUGAUGACGACGCCUGUGCAGACGCUGACGGCGAUGGUGACAACCACGAUUCCACCACCAUCAACAACAACAGCAGAGGCGGCAUCGACAGCGUAAAAAAAAAACAACCGCACCGAAACUCGGGCGACCAUGACCGCGCAGCGGGCGUGAGCGGCUCCGCAUGCAUGCGGCGCUCGGCCGGGCAGGCAUGGAGCAGCAGCAGCAGCCUCAGCAGCAGCAGCAGGCGACAGGCAGCAGCAGUGGUAGCAGGGAGUGCAGUGGCGGUCAUGAAGACGUGCGCAAAUGCGGCUAUCUGCGCAAGCACAAAAGCGCGCACCGCCGCUUCUUCGUGCUGCGCGGAGCGAGCGACGCGGGCGGCCCGGCCCGGCUCGAGUACUACGACAGCGAGAAAAAAUUCCGCGGCGGCGUGGCGCCCCCGCGGCGCUCGGUCAGCCUCGCCGCCUGCCUCGGCAUCAUCCGCCGCGCCGACGCCAAGCACAAGCACCUGCUCACGCUCUACACCAAGGACGAGUGUCUCGCCAUGGCCGCCGACAGCGAGGAGCAGCAGGCCGAGUGGUACGCGGCGCUCACCGAGCUGCACGACGAAUGCUGCAGGGCGCCGCACGGAGCAGGGGGAGCGGGAGGAGGAUGCGGAGCGGCGGCUGGUGGUGGUGGAGGAGGAGGAGCAGGAGGAGGGAUUUUCGGCGCGGCCAGCGAUGCGGGCGGAGGAGGCGGCGACAGCGGCGAAGACGCCGGGCCCGCGGGGUGCGCGGGCGGCAGCUACGGAACGAUGCCGGCCACCCCCGUGUUCAAGGAGGUGUGGCAGGUGAACCUCAAGCCCAAGGGGCUGGGGCAGACGAGGAACCUGACGGGCGUGUUCCGCCUCUGCCUGGGCACGCGAACCAUCAGCUUCGUGAAGCUCAACGCGGACGCGGCGGCCGUGAACCUGCAGCUCAUGAACAUCCGAAGGUGCGGCCACUCGGAGAGUUUCUUCUUCAUCGAGGUGGGCCGCUCGGCCGUCACGGGGCCUGGGGAGUUCUGGAUGCAGGUGGAGGACUGCGUGGUGGCGCAGAACAUGCACGAGACCAUCCUGGAGGCGAUGCGCGCCAUGAGCGAGGAGUUCCGACCGCGGAGCAAGAGCCAGACGAGCGGCGGCGCGGGCGGCGCGGGCGGCGCUGCCGGAGGCCACCACCGGCGCCAGCAGCGCUACCAGCCCCCGCCGAGCCAAACGGGGCUCAACCGGCGCUCGCGGGCCGAGAGCGUGGCCGGAGCGUCCCCCGUGAGCGGCGGCGGCGGCGGCGUCACCCCGCAGGGCUUCUGCGCCUCGCAGCUGCGGAACCGCGCGAGCAGCGAGGGGGACGGACCCCCGGGCGCGCCGCGCUCCGAGUCCGCGGACGCCAUCUCGGCGCGCCUCCUUCUCCUGCAGGGGGAGGACGCCGAGGGCCGGCUACAGUCCUCUCAGCUGGUGUGCGCGGGGCGCCGGCAGCAGCAGCAGCACCACCACCAACACCACCAGCACCACCAGCAGCAGCAGCAGCAUGGGCAGGUAAUCGCAUCGUACCAGCGGCAUCAGUCUCGCAUGCAGCAGCAGCAAGGACAUCUCCACCACCACCAACAGCAGCAGCAGCUGCACCACGCGGCGGCCACGCUGCUGCCCGGGCGCUCCGUGUCGGCGCCCAUCGCGCGUUCCCCGCCCGCGGGUGGCUGCUCCCCCUCCUCCCUGCUGCUCUUCUCGGCAUCGUCUCUCAUCACGAGCCCCGUGAGCGUCUCCUCCAGCAGCGGCCGCGGCUCCGUGGACGCCCCGUGCUGCGUGGGCAGCCUGGGCAGCACCGGGGGCGGCGGGGCCGGCAGCGGCGGUGGCGUUGGCGGCGCGGCCGGACACGCGGCAGUCGGCGCGGGUGGCUGCGGGGCCGCGGCGCUGCCCCGCGGCUCUCGCCCCUCGAGCGCCUCCAUGUCGCUCGGCUCCCUGAGCGACGGGGGCUUCGUGUCCUCGGACGAGUACGGCUCCAGCCCCUGCGAGCCGCGGGGGUCCGCGACCCCCGACUCGCCCAGCCCGACCCCGUGCGCCAUCCGCGAGGAGGAGGAGGAGGCGGCCGCGGCGGCCGCGGCGGCGGCGGCGAGGGGAGGCCCCUACGCCUACAUGCAGAUGGGCCGCGCUCGCGUCUACAGGGCCGCGCCCCGCGGGCAGGACGCCCCGGACGUGGCCACCACCUCGUCCACCACCUCGUCCACCUCCCCCGGCUUCCCCUUAGCCUCGUCCUCGUCGCAAUCGCCGUCGGCGGCGGCGGCCGCAGUUGCGGCGGCCCUGGCCUCGGCGGAGAAGGGGGUCGUGCGUAAGCGAACAUACUCGUGCGCGUCGGCGUCCGCGGGGCCCGCGAUGCCACCGGCCGCGCUCGGGCCCUGUCUCCAGCAGCGGGAGCAGGAGAAGACAGCCUCGCAGGAAGAGUAUGCGGUCAUGGGAGCGCUGUCUUACCAACACCACCACCAGCAUCAUCAGCAGCACCUCCAGCAGCAGCAUCAUCAGCAGCAGCAGCAGCACGUGCCGGGCCGUGAGGCCGCCGCGCCUCCGUGCUGCCCGCACACUCGCGACCCGCACCACGGCGACCACGACGAUGAUUAUGACGAUGACGACGAUGAUGGGGGUGGUGGCGACGACGAGGAGGAUGAUGAUGCGGGUGGAGGAGGAGGAGGAGGAGGAGGAGGAGGGGGAGGCGUGCGGUCCAGGCUGGUGCGCGGCGGGGAUGACGGCUACAUGCCCAUGCUGCCCGGCGUCACCGCCUCCGUCGCGGGAAGGUGCAGGAGCGGCGGCGAUGCGGACUACGUGCCCAUGGGGGCCACGGGUGCCCGAGACGGGGACAUCACCGCAGCCGCCGCCGCCACCACCACGACGGCAGCGGCCAGAGGAUCGCUGAUACAACAUCAGCAGAGGCAGCGGCACCAUCACCACCAUCACCAACAGCAGCAGCCGUGGCAGCGCGGCCAAGACGGUCUCUGCGACGCGCGGCCCCAGGACGCUGCUAGCGGCUACAUGGUGAUGUCACCGGGCACGGGCGAGGGCCAAGCGGCCGGGUCCAUCAAGACGUGGCCCAGGCCCAGCGUGGCCAGCGGCAGCGGCGGCGGCGGCGGUGGCGUCGGCGCGAAGGCGGCAUGUGAGGGGAGCGUGGAGGCAGGCCCGCCGGGAGCAGGCGACUAUAUGAACAUGGCCAUGUCGCCCUCCAACCCGGCCGUCGUGGCGGACACAGCGGCUGUGCCAGAGGGCUGCUACUUCAGCCCCAUGCGGGAUGGGGAAGGCGCGGGUGGUGCUGGUGGUGCUGGUGGUGCUGGUGGUGGUGCUGCUGGCACCGCCAACACCGCUGGUAGCUGCAGCAGCAGCUUCUACUCGCUGCCCCGGUCCUUCCGGUCCGUGGGGCAGCAGAGUAGCAGGCUGGCGGAGAGGACGGCGGCAACUCGGCUACUCGGGGAGGUCAUCCGGGAGGCGAGGGACGCGGGCGAGAUGCUCGCCGCUCCGACCCCCACGAGCAGGCCCGCCGCGCUCUCCCGGCCCCACGAGGACGCCUCGAGCAGUGACCCCGGGAGGGAGGGCGGCGCGCACGUGAGCGGGGCCCCAAGGCGGGUCGGGGGAGCGGCGGCGGAGGGGGUCGCCGCGAGGAACGCACAGGGCCGGUGGCAGGGAGCUCCCCCCGAGCCCAGGAGCCCCGGGGAGUACGUGCACAUCGACUGCGCCGCGGCGGCGAAGGCGGCCUCCCAGCCCGUCUCAUCGUCGUCCGCCUGGCGCCCCCCGCAGCACGCGGCAGGGCCGCAGCAGGGCAAGGCCCCGGACGGUUGCCGCGCAGCGCACCGCGGCCCCCCGUACCUGGCGCUGUCGUCGGGAGGCGCCGCCGCCGCCGCCGCUGCCGCCGCCGCCUCGGCCGCGGCCGCCCAGACGCGCGGCGAUCGUCGGAGAAGGAGUGCAAACGAGUACAUGAGCGUGGCGGCAGCGGCGCGUGCCGGGGGACCACCCGCGUCCGUCCCGGCGGGCCCCCGUUCCGCGGCCCAUCCUGGGCCGUGGGACGCCACCUCGGCUGGGCGCGGCGCCCCCGUGGGGGGGGACUACACGGAGAUGUCGCGCCGCGGGGAGGCGAGCGCGGAGGAGGAGGAGGAGGCGGCAGGGAGGAGGAGGAGAGACGCGAGUGGGGGGUACUCAGCCCCCGCCGCCUCUUACAGGGCUCCUCACGGCAGCUACAACCUUCAGCAUCACCACCACGGGAGCCACAACCACAUCCACCACUAUCAGCUGCUGCAGCAGCAGCAUAAGCCACUCCCUCUCCCACAGCAGCAACAACAUCAACACUAUCACCAACAGGAGCAUCAUCAUCAGCACACUCAGCAGCAGCAUCAGCCGCACGCAGCAGUGAGGCCCGGAUAUGCGGCACUGAAACCCUGCGUGCCGCCAAGGGUCGGCUUGGCCUUCCAGCCGUACGCGGCCGGGUCUGGCGCGGUGGUCAUCCCGGCCACAACCGGAGCCACCGCCGCACCACCACCACCUCCUCCCCCUCCUCCUCCACCAGCGGCGCUGCGCCGGCAGAGCGCGUUCAGCGUGGUGCCACCAGCAGCCGUGCAGCACGGUGCCACGCGGCCCGGGACCGCGGCCACGGCGGAUGAGGAGGGGGAGGAGCGGCCACGCGGCGGCGUGGCCCGGGUGGCGGUGGCCUCGUCGGCCGCCGCGACCCCGCAACGGCCCGGCGCGGCCGGAGGACACCAUGGGGCGGGUCCGGUGCGAGAAGCCGCCGGGUCUCACUCUUUGCGUCAUCAGCAGCAGCAUCAUCAGCAGCAGCAACAGCAGCAGCAUCAUCAGCAGCAACAGCAGCAGCAUCAUCAGCAGCAACAGCAGCAUCAGCAGCAGCUGGAGAGCGGGCUGAACUACAUCGCGCUGGACCUGCGGGGCGAGGAGGGCUCGGCGGGCAGCAGGGGUAGCGUGAGCAGCGUUGACUCAAACGGCUACGCCACCAUCGACUUCUCCCGCUCCGAGAGCGCGGGGUGACGCGGGACACGCCGGUGGGACACACCAGUGGGACAAGCUGGUGGGACACACCGGUGGAACAUGCCCGUGGAACACUCCGGUGGGACACGCCGGUGGGACAGGCUUGUGGGACACUGGUG